AUGUCGCGCCCAAAACUAAAACCACCCAACCCUAUCUCUGCGGCAGUGUACGAAUGGUUCGAUGGCCACUCUGAAGAAUUAUCUGUGCUAGAGGCAAGUGCAGACUCUCUAGUGGCAGAGGCACCGAAAAGAUGGGUCACGCAUGAGCCGAUGGUCUUGCUCCCUAGUGGCAGCUUUACCUCGCCAGCAUGGAACAAGGUUCUCUCAACUGUCUCUUUGGAUUGCAGCAAUGAUCUAUGGGAAACCACAUUGCGCAAAAUCGGAGACAAGACACGAGAGAAGGUCACGCACCUUGCCGCCAACGAUGGCAUCCCUCUGACCGUGGGCACGACAACAGCUGCAGAAGGAAGUGCACACAGCAGCCCCGAGGAGCAGCAACAGCAUGAGAACAUCUUGAGGAGCCCGAUCGGCCUGCGCAUCCUGCGCGGCGAUUUCGGACCGUCCGAGACGCCGGGGCGGACCGUCACCAGCGGUGACUUUGACCGGGCCCUCUGGGCACGCACAAAGCAAAACGGCAUUCACCAGACCUGGGCCCCGCGGUGGACCAUGUUUUCCAGGGGCAACGUCAAAGAAAAGGCCCGGCUACUGGCCUUUCACGACGCGCCGAGCCCUCCAAGCGAGGAGGCUUUGCAACCACUGGCGCACAGGGUACAGCCACGAGCUGCGCUCAGCAAGUCAUGGGCGGUCGACCUCUACGCGGGGAUCGGCUACUUCGUCUUCUCGUACGCCAAGCUCGGCAUGAGGGUCCUGUGCUGGGAGCUCAACCCGUGGAGCGUUGAGGGCCUGCGCAGGGGCGCGCGUGCCAACGGGUGGCCCGUCAAGAUCAUCCAGGGCCCGGACCUGGCGCGGCCGACGCGCGAGCUGGUGUCCGAGGAGGAUAAGAUCGUCGUCUUACUGGAGAACAACCAGGAAGCCGCAAGGAGGGUGCAGGAACUGCGGUCUCACGGCCUCGACCUGCCUGUGAGACACGUCAACUGCGGGCUGUUGCCCAGGAGCGACGACAGCUGGGAGGCCGCGCGGGCGAUCCUGGGCCGCACGGAGGAUGGCUGGCUGCAUCUGCACGAGAACGUCGCAGUCAACGACAUUGAGCGGCGCAGGAAGGAGAUACAGGAACUCUUUGAUGGGUGGGACAAGCGCGGUGGGCGAAACAAAGCCGCGAAGGUCGAGAAUGUUGAAUUAGUGAAGACAUUCGCACCAGACGUGUGGCACUGCGUCUUCGAUGUCUACAAUUACAACGCAUAG